AUAACAUUAUGCCUUUAAAAUAGAAUCGAACCUCAACCAUUUUAGAGUUGGAAAAAAUAAAAAACUUUGCAAUUAAAAUAUGAACCAUCCUUGUGUAAUCUCUAAGAGUCUAUUGUUACAAAUCCUUUGUGGAUAUCUUCUACUACGCAUAAUCUUAAUCAUGGACUCAGCAAUAGCAUCAACCCCAACAGGAAAUGAAACUGAUCUAGAAGCUUUACUUGAUUUCAAGAGUAGGAUAGUUGAAGAUCCAUUCAAGAUUAUGAGUAUUUGGAAUGAUUCUACCCAUCAUUGCAAUUGGAUAGGAAUCACUUGCAACAUCUCAAAUGGAAGGGUCACGUACUUGAGGCUUGAACAAUUGAGAUUAGGAGGCACUCUUACACCAUUCAUUGGAAACCUCACAUACCUCACCAUACUCAACUUGUUAAAUAAUAGCUUCCAUGGUGAAUUUCCUCAAGAAGUGGGUCGGUUACUUCACUUGCAACAUCUAAACUUUAGCUUUAACAACUUUGGUGGGAGCAUUCCAAGUAAUCUUAGUCACUGCACAGAACUAAGGGUAUUGGCUGCAGCUGCUAACAAUCUUACAGGAACAAUUCCAACUUGGAUAAGGAAUCUUUCUUCUUUGUCUAGAAUUUCCUUUGGCUUGAACAAUUUUCAUGGAAGCAUACCACAUGAGGUAGGCCUUUUAUCAAGCUUGACUGCACUUGUCCUAUAUGGGAAUUUUUUGACUGGCACAGUUCCUUAUUCAAUCUAUAACAUUUCUUCAUUGUACUACUUCACUUUUACUCAAAAUCAUCUUCAUGGAAACUUACCAGCUAAUAUUGGAUUUACUCUUCCAAACCUUCAAGUAUUUGCUGGUGCUGUCAACAAUCUCACAGGGAAUGUUCCUGCAUCAUUGUUGAAUGCAUCAAAACUACAAAUUCUUGACCUCUCUUUGAAUAGUCUCACUGGAACACUGCCUAAGAACAUAGGGGUCUUGAACAGGUUAACUAGACUUAGCUUUGAGUACAAUAGACUUGGAACUGGGAAAACAGAAGACCUGAGCUUUCUUGAUUCUUUGGUUAACUGCACAGCUCUUCAAGUUUUACGUCUAGGCAGAAAUGGUUUUGGUGGAGUGUUGCCUCAAUCAAUUGCUAAUUUCUCAAGACAAUUGCACACAUUUGUCAUUAAUUCAAUUGGAAUACAUGGAAAUAUACCUUCUGGAAUUGGCAAUCUUGCUAACCUUGCUCUUAUAGGAUUGGAAGGAAACCGCCUAACCAGUAAUCUUCCUGAUACACUAGGUAAGCUGCAAAAUCUGCAAGAAUUGUAUCUGAAUGUCAACAAAUUUUCAGGUAGAAUUCCAUCCACCUUAGGAAAUUUAUCUUUAUUAAUAAAACUCUUUUUGGAGGAGAACAACUUUGAGGGAAGCAUACCUUCUAGUCUUGGAAAAUGUAAGAAGUUAUUGGUACUUAGCCUUUAUAGUAACAAGCUUAGUGGCACCAUACCAAAAGAAGUAAUUAGCCUCUCUUCACUAGCAAUAUACUUGGAUGUGUCUUAUAAUGCUUUAUCAGGGACUCUACCAGGUGAAGUGAGUAGGCUACAUAAUCUUGGAGAGUUGGUGUUGUCUGAGAACAACUUUUCUGGAGUCAUUCCAUCUUCUCUUGGUAGCUGUAUAAGUUUGGAAAGGCUGCAGUUGCAGGGUAAUUCUUUUGAGGGGAGCAUUCCUCAAACUUUAAAGAAUUUGAGAGGCUUACUUUAUAUUGAUCUUUCGCGCAAUAACUUGUCGGGUAAGAUACCGCAAUUUCUUGGUGAGUUUACCGAGCUAAAACAUCUCAAUCUCUCUUCCAAUAAUUUUGAAGGUGAAAUACCAAAGAAUGGAAUCUUCAAAAAUGCAAGUUCCAUUGCAUUAUAUGGAAACAAAAAGCUAUGUGGUGGUAUCCCAGAACUAAAUUUUCCUGCAUGCACUAUCAAGAAAGUCUCUUUGAUUAGAAAACUUCUUGCCCCUAAGGUUGUUGUCCCAAUAGCUAGUGCACUUAUAUUUGUACUAUUUCUAUCAUGCUUUCUUACAUUCUUCCCCAUGGUAAAAAGAGCAAGAAAGAAAACUUCCACAUCAACUACUGAAAAGGAUUUGGCAUUGGGAAUUUCUUACUCAGAAAUUAUGCAGUGUACUGGUGGAUUCUCACAGGAUAACCUGAUUGGCUCAGGAAGUUUUGGUUCUGUGUACAAAGGAACUCUUUCCAGUGAUGGAUCAAGUGUUGCAGUUAAAGUAUUGAAUCUUCAACAAAGAGGAGCUUCAAGGAGUUUCUUUGAUGAAUGCCACGUUUUGAGGAGUAUAAGGCACCGCAACCUUCUCAAGAUCAUAACUGCCAUCUCUAGUGUUGAUCAUCAAGGUAAUGAUUUCAAAGCUCUGGUGUUUGAGUUCAUGCCUAAUGGAAGCCUAGAAGAUUGGUUGCAUCCUAUAGAUAAUGUGCAUAAUCGGACAAAGACACUGACAUUUAUCCAAAGACUGAACAUAGCAACUGAUGUUGCUUGUGCAUUGGGAUAUCUCCAUCACUUCUGUGAAACUCCAAUUGUUCAUUGUGACAUAAAGCCAAGCAAUGUACUUCUUGACAAUGAUAUGGUGGCCCAUGUUGGUGACUUUGGAUUAGCUACAUUUCUGUUUGAAGAAUCAAGCAAUACCAAACAAUCAAUUAUAUCAGCUAGCCUAAGGGGUUCUAUUGGAUACAUCCCUCCAGAGUAUGGAAUGGGUGGCAAGCCUUCUACACUUGGAGAUAUUUACAGUUAUGGGAUACUACUAUUGGAGAUUUUCACAGGAAAAAGACCAACAUAUGAAGCAUUUGAAGGUGGCAUGGGAAUUCACCAGUUUGUAGCAAUGGCUUUACCUAACCAUGUCAUGGAUAUAGUUGAUCCUUCAUUGGCAUUUGAACAAGACUUUGAUGAGGAAAGUCAAGAAUUUGAGGGUGAAGAGAAAGCCAUAAGGAGGAACUAUGAGAUUGAACCCUCGGCUAAAGGUUUAGUGGAAGAUUGCUUUGUAUCAUUGAUGCAAAUUGGAGUGUCUUGCUCUUCAACUCUUCCUAGUGAACGAAUGCUAAUCACUGAGGUGAUCAACAAACUACAUUCUAUCAAGAGCUCGUUUAUGAAUUAAAGCAUAAUGCAAUAUGAACAACAUGAAUAUCAUUAUAAGAUAAUGAUAUGCAAAAUUCAUAUGAUGUUAUGAAGUGGUAUUUUAAAACUAGUGUUCUAAUAGCACUACUUAAAGAAUCAAUAAAUAAAAAUUUCUUAUUAGAAAUCACGUUAGAAAUGUAUUAAAAAUCAUAGUAAAAGUAUGUUAAGAGCAGUUUUAAUAAAAAAAUAAUUUUAAUUCUUAAG